CUUUAUCCCACUAAAUCUCCAUAUUAAAAUAAUUAAAUAAUUUAAAAUUACUUUCAAUUUUGGAUUCUCCUUCUUGUAAAGCUGUAUUUUAAUGCUUUUUUCUGCUGUAAAAUAUAGGUUUGGACAAACAUGUAAUCAUGUUGCAGGAUUGUUAUUCCGGGUGGAAUAUGCCAACAAGAUGGGGUACACUUCAUGUACAUUUAUAAAUGUGAAUGGAUUGUACCAAAAGAGUGACCACUAGAGCCAGCCAUGCUGAGGGACAUGACUUUUGAGAGAGCUAAGCAUGGAAAAACCGGAAAAACGAGAACUUUAAAUGGAAGCAGGAAAAACUAUAAUGGACUGCCAGAGGAUAAUGAAGAGGAAAACUUUUUAGCAACCUUUUCAGAUGCAUUGAGAGAAACCUUGCCUGAUGCUUGUUUAUUUAAAGGUCUAGAUGUUGAUCCACCUCACCAAGCCAAGGGGAAGGAACCACACGCUUCCGGAGCAGAUAUGAUUAUGGAGGAUUGCUCACAGAUCAACGUUCAACAAUACUUCAUGAAGUCCAUGUUGUCAUCAUUUAAACUCAAAAUGACACUAACAUCAAGAUCCCUCCCUCUACCAUUACAUAUAUUAGUAACAGUACUGAAGGUCAAUCGUCCAAUAGUACAUGGCAUGGAUUGA